AUAUAAAGUUAAUUUAAUAUUUGAGGUUAAGUGUUUAUCAUGGAGAUUAAGCCGACCUCAAAAUUCAAAAUAAUCACCAUUUUGUUUUUGUUUCAACUUCUCUCAAACGUAGAAAAAGUUGCAUCAUUGAGCAGUACAACAUCGAGCACUGAACAUGAAACCACCACGGAGACAGAAGAAUCAACUACCACCACCACCACCACAACAACAACAACCACAACAACAACAGCAGCUUCUACCACGACAACUGACGAAGAAACAACGACAGAAGCAGAUAUGACUGCAGCAAACUCAGGCGCCACAGAAAUCACAACGGCAGAGCAGUCUGUCACUUCAGUUUCCUCGGACAUUGAUACCACGACCAAAGAUGGCACUACAACACAAAAUGUAGAAAGUUCAUCAAGUGAAAGUACGACCACAGAGGUAAUGUCUAUGACAGACGAGGACGAAUCAUCGAACAGUACGACGGACGUCACCUCUCCAAUGGAAAGCAGCACCGCUGACGUCACAACAGUUGCGAACACGUCAGUGGGAGCAAAAACGAAUGACUCUCAACUAAAUUCACCACAGCAAGAGGACAAUAAUACUGGUACCACUAUAGUUAUUGUUGUUAUAGCAGUGGUGAUCUGUAUGUCAGCUGUCAUAGGAAUCGCGGCUAUAGUGUAUAAAACAGUAGUAAAAGUACAGGUUGAUACCAUAGAAUAUGACCCUGAGGAAUACAGAGGCAUUAAAACAAACCCAUUUGACGAAAAUGGAAUGAUUCUGUGGUAUGAAAGUGCACAAGUGGCUCCAUUAAUGAGUGAACUUACGAUUAUCAAGACUCCCUUAGAAUCUGUUCCUGUUCCUGAAAACCUAGCUCAGAAUAAAACAAAAGUCAAUAAAAGAACUCAGAAAAAGCCAAAACGACGAAAGCCAAGGAAAAAGAUAAUUUCUAUAUACCACUGAUCAAAUUGAUUUCAUUGUUACGACAAUA